AUGCCGGGCAACGUCGAGGACUACGUCCACCGUAUUGGAAGAACGGGCCGUGCUGGCGAGAAGGGAACGGCCAUCACGAUGUUCACGGAGAGCAACUCCGGCCAGGCCCACGACCUCAUCACCAUUCUGAGAGAGGCCAAGCAGGAGAUUCCUCCGCAAUUGCAAGCUUUGGACAAGAAGGGUAACAGAGGCAACGGAUACGGCUACGGUAGAGGCCGCGGAGGAUACGGCAGAGGCCGUGGUGGCUACGGCAGAGGCGGCCGUGGCGGAAGAGGCGGCUCGAGGGGCUUUUCUGGCAGCAACUCUGCGCCGCUGGGCAACAGAAGGUUCUAA